GACGUCGCGAGGGCGCACGUUCAGUUUGACCCCGGCGCAUAACGGACGGAUGAGCCCGUUUGUGUGACAUCGAACGUCGUGGCUUGUUUGUAGCCGUCCUAGCGUCAAAUUCCUAUUGCAAGAGCAGAGAUUGGUAAAAGUGAAAUAAAAAAUUGCUAAACCUUCCAAAUGGGCGAUAAAAGCCCAUUAUGGCCCAGUGUCAUCAACCACAACAUCAGCACGAAUUCUUGCCUCUGUGUGAUGUACUAUUUAACAUUAUUUCAUUAGCAUCCUAUUUCUGCGAUGUUGUCUUCGAUUUUGCGAUGGUAUACGCCCUUGCCCAUCAAGCAACAGCACCACCCAUACUGUUUCCCCUAAGCGUCACUUUUAUAGCGACUUCCUUGUUGAUUUCUCAGAUCGUUAGUUUGCGAUGGUAUCUCUGGGGAGCUAGAGGUAAAUUAACAAACGCAUCAAACAACUGUCACUUAAAUCCAGUGAAGAGAAUUGGCAACUGGACCGUAGGCUGUGUUCUGCUACUCCACUCCACCCAAGUCGGUGUACUAUGGAGAUACUUCAAGUUAUUUAUCCCAGUCAAUUUAACUUACGUGAAGCACGAGGUACGGGAGCUCUGUGUAUUACGGCUGAUACACGCAUUCUGUGAGGCCGCUCCAAUGCUACUUCUGCAGCUGUACGUCUUAUUCGGCGCUACCGACGGCGACGAGACAGAAGUCGGGAAACUGAAGGAGAGCGAGGGCAAGGGCGGCGGUAAAUUGGAGGAGCUGACGCUCGUGUCGGCGGGAUUGUCCCUGUGGAGCGUGUGCUGGGCGGUCGCCAGUUUCAGCAAGGGCGCGGCGCGUCUGCGUAAUCUAGAACGUUUAGUGCUAACAUGGCUGGGGGUGCUGGCGCAAUUGUUCUGGCGCCUGGGGACAGUGAGCGCCCGCGUCGGGGCACUGGUCGCGUACGCCUCGCUGUACGGCGGACAGUGGCUGCUGAUCGUGAUGGCCCUCCACUGGCUGUCCAUGCUGACGUGGUUAUUGCUCACGCCGGACGGACUCUUCCACGGCGGCGAGCGUCUCCCUCUUCUUAGGAAGACCUUCCUCGCUUCCCUCCUCGCUUUUGUAUAUAUAUUCGCAUACGUUAAUCUACAUGAGACGAAUCAUCGUCAAAAAAUGGUGAUAUUUUACACUGUAAUGUUCUUGGAGAACAGUUUACUCAUCGGCGUGUGGAUAGCUGGUGUGAAUCGUGCCGAUCUUUUGUCUCAUCACCAGCAUCAUCUACAUCCAGUUACUCUAGUGCUUAUUCUGCUAGCCUUAUUUUUCGGUGGCAUGUUUUUCAUGGGUCUUUAUUAUAGAUUUUUCCACGUGAGAAGAUUGAGGUACGAGGCUGGUGGGAGAAUGACUGGUUCGAAUCUCACUACGCUGUCCAAUCAGGACAAUGCGGAAGAGAAGCAAAUAGAUUACAACGAGGGCAAGAAGGUCAACAUUAGCAUCGGCAUGAGGAAAGUUAAAUUAAGUAACGGCGGCAUACCGGGCGUGUUCAAUUGCCGUUUCGCGAAUCCGACUGUCGUAAAUCCGAAUCGCAAGAAGAAGAAGCCGACCAGCUUCGUGCCGCCGCCGCCGCCGCAAUCGCAGACGGGCGCGGUGUUGAAUUCCGUGGCGGCGAUAGGCGACUCGAAGCAGUGGCUCAACAUGGGCAACGGAUCGCGGCAAUUGAUUCCGUUUUGGAAGAAGCCCCUGUCUAAUAUAGUACAGAACGAUGCCUCCAACGAGCGCAAAGACGAGACUGACAUGGCGAUCGGCGGCUCGUUGAACGUCACGUUAAUACGCGAGAAACUGAAGGAGAAGAAGCAACAGCAGCUGCGCGAAUUGCGAGCGAUACAGGAGGAGAUCAAGGAGGGCAAGCUGUUCCCACCUCCUUCCGCCUCCACGUCCUCUUUCUCGUCCUCCCCGUCCGCGUCCAAUCAGCAACCACCGCCGAACACGAAACUGCACACCUCCCCGAGCUCCCCGUUGUUCACGUCUCCGCCGUCCUUCUCCGAGCAUAACGGCGGCAGCGCGUUAUCGUCCUGGCCGCCCGUGAAAAUGCAUUGCCUCCUACCCCCGCCGCCCUCCUCCCCGUACUAUCCCAACUCGCAUACCUCGAAUCUGUGGAGAGCGGCGCCCCAACGAGAACGGGCGGACACGCCGGAGAUAUUACUAGCGCCGCGAUGCCUUCCGCAUCAUUAUCCCCACUGGUCACCGCCUGGACAUCUCGGUCACAGAUUGCACGCGAAUCAGAACGGCGUCGAAGAGAGUUCCAAAGGCGAGGGCGACGGAGAGGCGGAGGUCAGCGACAUGGAGGGUAGCCAGGUCUCGUUACCCAGGAGUUACACGCUGCCCCGCGAGUUCAAGUACAAUCCUAACAGCGCCGCGAGAGAACGAGAGCGUCGCGUGGGAAAUAACAAAAUGUCCUCUUCGCGCUUUUAUUUGCCGUCCACCAAUAGCUCCGACGGCGACGUAGACAGCGCCGAUAACGAGGACGAGACGGACUCGGAGGCGCAAAUGCAAACGAAGGCCAAUCACGGUCAUAAUUACGACGAGAUCUUGCAGAGGCGUCACGUAUACGAAAAUGACGAGGAGAACGAUGAUCCUAAUGGAGAGUGCGGCGCGUCUAACGUUACGUCUAACAAUUGUUACUCGAACAAUUCUCAUGGUGUCUUACGAUCGGGUCAGUUACUCAGAACACGAGUGAAACACGAAACGAAACUUUAAGCAAAACUUUAACUUGUUGCAACACAUAAUUGCAAAUCUUGUCACGCGUGACAAAGAAGUGUUCAAAAAUAUUUUUCAGAAUCUAUCUGUCCUCUUAAAUGUUAACAGUACAAGACUGUUGACCUCGCAAUAUAGUAUAUAUUUUACAUAGUAUAGUACAUAAUACAUGCACAUACACAAGAAUACAUUGUAUGUCUCUUGUGAGAGUGUAUUAGCACGCAUUACUUGCGCGAUAUAAUCUAAUAUAAUCUAAUUUAAUUUAAUUUUUUCGCGUGGUUUUGUUUGCAUAAAUAAAAUUGUGCAAACGGGAAAUCACGGCAGAUCGAGUAUAUAAUUAAGUACACCUUAGGAAAGAGCAAAAAUAAUAUGACAAAUAUGAAUACAUGACCUACACUGUUAAAAUUCGUGUGCAACGAAUAUUUUAUAUAAUGCAUAGUUACCUGAAUAUAGAAAUCGUACAUCUUUCAUCCGUGCUUAUAAAAGACAUGUGCGUAAUACUAAAUUAGUUUCAACGAAUCUAAGGUAUUUUACUAUUUAAAGAGAUAUAUUCUGUUAUACAUUUGUAAAUAUACAAUCUUGCGGUAAUACUUUGUGCUUUUUUUUAAAUAUUUUUUCUACCCUAAUUUUUUAAACAUUAUUUGAGAAUUAAAUCGGAUAAAUAAAACUUAAGUAACAUACACUAUGUUAGUUUUC